AUGACUGUAAUGGCUAAAUUGAUUCAGUUUUUAUCGUUUCUCGUUUGGUUAAUUCGUUGUUUCUUGUAUCCAUGGGUUCAUCUUGGCUUUCGUUUAAUAUACGGAAAUCAAAAGUUCCGUUUACCACCGAUCACGAAUCAACUGUUACUUCAACCAGCAACCGUAAUUGCGAAACGUAUCAGAACAAGAGAGAUAACGGCUUAUAAUGUUGUUCAUGCUUAUAUCGAUCGAAUUCGUGCUAUUCAACCGUAUUUAAAUGUUUAUGUCGACGAACGGUUUUCUCAGGCGAUAGCUGAAGCACAAGAGAUUGAUCGUGUUUUAGAUUCAGUUUCACGAGGUCAACGGUCUUUACCCGAUGGAUGGACAGAAGAACGUGCACCAUUCCUUGGUGUUCCGUUCGCUAUUAAAGAAUCAAUGGAGUUUGUCGGAUUUCACAAUUCGACAGGAAUUGCUGCACGAAAAGAUUACAUAUGUACUCGUACAGCAACGUCGGUCGAGAAUAUGCUGAAAGCUGGUGGUAUACUUCUUUGCAAUACGAAUGUCAGUGAAGGAUGUAUGUGGUUUGAAUCACGAAAUUCUCUCUAUGGCACUACGAACAAUCCAUACGAUUUAACAAGGAUUGUAGGUGGAAGCUCAGGUGGUGCGGGUUGUAUAGUGUCAGCAGCUGGUGUUCCAUUUGCUAUUGGAGCAGAUAUUGGUGGAAGUAUUCGAUUACCUUCGUUUAUGAAUGGAAUAUUUGGUCAUAAAACUACACCUGAUAUCGUUCCAAAUGAUGGGCAAUAUCCACCACAUAAAGACUUUCAUCAGAAGUAUUUAUUAUCCACCGGACCCAUGUGCCGAUAUGCAUGUGAUUUGCAGCCAAUGCUGAAAGUCCUGGCUGGUUCACAAAAUAUCGAAAGAUUAUUGCACAUUGAUGUUCCCGUUAACUUGAGUAAACUACGCUAUUUUUAUAUCGAUGAACUGGACGCUUAUUUUGUAAACAAUGUUGAACAUGAUCAAAAAGCAGCACAUCGACGCGUUGUCGAACAUUUCGAAAACAAAUUCCAAAUCCACGUGACACGCUUACGACUAACACGUUUUCGUCAUGCUGUCUCACUCUGGUCAGCAAUGAUGGUUGACGGACAACUAUCAUCACGUGAUUUCUCAUUAACACUGUGUGAUCGUACAUCCUAUCUUAAUGGCUAUCUUGAAUUAUUACGCAAGUUUUCAUUUCGUUCCACACACACGUUACCAGCUAUCGGUCUGGCCAUACUCGAAGCCGUUCCGAAUAAACAUAAUAAAUAUUUUCAUCGAUUAGCACAUAAAUUCUUCGACGAGAUACAAUCUCUGCUAGGCGAUGAUGGUGUUCUAUUUCUACCAACAUUUCCCGUCUCUGCACCGGUUCAUGCUUGGCCGGUGGUAUUGAACACUUUCGAUUACAUCUAUUGUGGAAUUAUCAAUGCAUUAGGAUUACCGUCGACGCAAUGUCCCUUAGGUUUAGAUCGACAACAUCUACCAUUGGGUAUCCAAUGCAUUGGUGGACGCGGUCGAGAUCAGUUACCACUGGCUGUUGCGCAAGAAAUUGAACAAGCUAUGGGUGGUUGGGUGCCACCAAGUCUCACAUCAUUAGUUUAG